UGCAUCCAAGGGGUUAACCGGAUGACAACCGCCGGGUAACUACAGACGCCACGAGAGCUCGCCCGUCUGCGCGUUCGUGGUGGAAACACAUUUGAUGUUUGCUGCAAGUGUCUAGACUAGCAGAAGCUAUGAAUGAGCGAAGUGCUGUUACGAUUUUGUAGUUUGCACCGAUACUUGGAUAUUUAGAGAUUGAAAUCCUCCAUUACACGUCUUCGAGAUGAAGCUAACCCGGAAGCUGGUUCUGGCCAAAGCUAAGGCCACGGAUCUGGACAGCGUGAAGAAACUAAACUGCUGGGGCUGCAAUUUGUCAGAUAUCUCCAUCUUUACCCAGAUACCCCACAUUGAGGUCCUCACUCUCAGCGUCAACUCGAUUUCAUCGCUCUCCGCUCUGUCGGGGUGUGUGUGUCUGAAUGAGCUGUACCUCAGACGGAACCAGAUCCCGUCUCUUUCUGAGCUCUCUCAUCUCCGCCCCCUCACACGCCUCAGAGUACUCUGGUUGGCCGAGAACCCCUGCUGCGGAACGGAGGCGGGCCAAUAUCGUCUUAACGUGCUGAGAUGCUUGCCCCGUCUACACAAACUGGACAACCAGGCGGUGACAGAGGAGGAGCUUUCUCUUGCUCUGGAGAAGGGGGAAGAGAUAACCACACCCCCUGCCUCAGCAAAGAACCAGCUGCCCACCAAUGACCAGCCAGAGAACCUGAACUCCACCAAUGGUCAGGCAGAGGCAGAGUCAGAGAACGACCCCCUAAACUACAGUAUGGAGGAGACCAAUCUUUCUCUCUGUAGUAAGAUCCGGGAGCAGUUGGGAAUGAGGCCUAUUCCCAGAGACAAGUUCCCACCUCUCGCCUCUCCUACGCUUCGACCUGCAGCUAAGAAGUCCCACACUCUGGAGGCGGUGUUGAUGCUGCUGAAAGAUCUGGAGGAAGAGGAGCUGCACAUUGUUCUCAUGGCAACCCAGAAUAGACUUCUAACUCACACACAACCAGAGCUGACACAUUCAGUGGCAAUCACUGACACACACACUCUGACAAUCUCCAAAGAGAGUAUGACAGACAUCCAGCACUGACACACGCCAAUAACAGACCGUCUCCCCACAUUGACACACGCCAAUAACAGACCGUCUCCCCACAUUGACACAUACCCAGAUGGUAUUCGUCACAGUCACGUCUAGAAGCUUUGUCUCUGCUGACUAGCCAGGAGUAGCUGAGGGGAAGUUUCCUGCACUUCCAGGACAGACCUCCCAAAUCCUAAAAGUUACUGACCAGGGACAGUAUCACCCUUCUCAAGCUCACGCUCCCCACCCUGUCACCCAGUACCCCCCCCCCCCACCAGCCUCCAGAAUGUGUGAGAUCUGGCUUAAUAACAGUCAAUGUCUUGCUACCGGUUUUGUGUAAAUAAACAUACGCUGAUGUGCAAAAACUAUUU